CUUUAAUAAUUUUAUUUCCUGUCAACUCAUUCAUAACAGGUUGCUAAAUAUAUAACAUGUAUAAAAAUGGACAGUAAACAGAAAGUGAUAAUGAUAAACACAUUUCUUUUAUGUUUCUUUUGCUUUGGAAACAUACUUUGUAACUAUGAAUGCAAUACCAAGACAGAAUGUAGCAAUACAGCUGGAGAUGGCGUGUGUGAUUCAAACUGCAAUAAUCUAAACUGUAGUUACGACAGUGGUGAUUGUUUAACAAAUAACAACACGUGGAGUCAAUGCAGUGAAGCUACCAGAUGUCAAACUAGCUUUUAUAAUGUAACAUGUGAUGCUGAAUGUGACAAUGAACUUUGUUUAUACGAUCAGCUAAAAUGUAAGCCUUCAUUCAGAACUGACUGUUUUGGUACCUGCUUGAAUGAAUGGGGGAAUGGCGAUUGUAAUAAUACCUGCAAUAGUGUAGAGUGUGGAUAUGACGGGAACGACUGUAAUGUUGACGGUAGAACUGUAUCAGGUACAAUGUUAGUUUAUGCUAAGUCAGAUAUGCCACUACUAAUCGAAACAGCAAGGUUCAUUGGAUUCUGCUUGAGUCUAGCAACACGGACUAUUGUAUCUAUGAAGUUGAGUGAGAAGUACAAUGAAACAGUCCCUGAAGUUGAAUAUUUAGGCCAUCCUGGGCUACGAAUGUUAUAUCAAGUCCAGAACACACCAGACUGUAACACAGAUAUUCAUACAGUAUGUUGGAACAGUAUGAAUCAGUUGGCAAUGUACAGUGCCGCUUUCAGCAAAGAGAUGAACAAUUUGGUACACUCCCUAGGUGUUAACGUGACAAUAACAAAAGUUUUAGCUUGUCAAGAUGGUUUCUAUGGAGAUGACUGUAAACUGCCAUGUAAUAUCAACUGUAAAUCUGGUUGUAACCUUUUUGAUGGAUCGUGUAUUGGUGGUUGUCUUGGGAACUUCAGUGGAGAUAUGUGUCAGUCCCUGUGCAGUUCUAAUUGUAGACUUGGUUGUUCCUCUGAUAACCAAUGUGUAAGCGGUGAAUGUGAAGAGGGAUAUACUGGCGCUAUAUGUACUACAGAAUGUAGUAGCGGAACGCAUGGCUAUAACUGUGAACGUAACUGUAGUUUAGGAUGCUUGGAUGGUAAUUGUGACAUAUUAGACGGAUCAUGUAACUGUAGAAGUGGAUAUAAUGGUACUCAAUGUGAAAUAGAAUGUGCAGAUGGUACUUAUGGCUUAAACUGUAAUGGAACUUGUGGGAACUGUUUGUAUGGAGUGUCCUGUGACAAAAUAAAUGGAUCCUGUAUUAAUGGUUGUAGUGCUGGGUACUAUGGAAAUAUGUGUACAAACGUAUGCCUUGAUGGAACAUAUGGUUCUGGUUGUUCAAUUAACUGUACACACUGCGUAAAUAGCACAUGUAUCUCGACAACAGGAAACUGCAGAGCAGGUUGCGUUACUGGUUGGAUUGGCGAAGACUGCUCAACAGAGAUAACAACAAUAAUAAACACAACGACCACUACAACACAUAUUACCCUUGCUAUUGUGGGUGUAGUAGCUGCUUUGUUUGGAUGUGGCAUUAUUCUCUUUGUUCUCAUUUGGAGAAGAGGCAAGAAAGACAAUUACCAAUCUCAUCUUGAUACACAAAUUAUCAUAGGCGAAGGGAAGAAAACACAGCAUUCAGAUACAGAAAGUCAACAAUCUACCUCAGAUGCUUGUGGAAUUGAUGAAGCAAUACAUGAAUCGGAUGAUGAACAAAUAACUGUAAUAGGAUUAGUGAUAUGUGUGAUAUACCAUAUGGCCUCUGUAAAGAUAUUAGAAAAUGAGUUGAUGAUGAUCAUUAUUAGGUUUAUCAGAUCUCAAGUAUGCACGACUAAGUACACAUCCGAAUUUGAAAUCACUUCCUACAUAAGGAAGGGUUUACUCAUCAUCAACAUGGCGUUACAUAUAACAUUGUAUGUUUAUGUAUCGUUAUUCACACUUCUUAAAAUAGUAAGCUGUUCGGCAGAUACUUCAUGUAAUUGUUCUUAUCCAACAUAUUGUGAUCAUGGUGGAAACUGUCAAUGCAGAGAUGGGUUCAAUACAACAAACUGUACUCAAUCUUCUGACAUGUGCUACUGUUCCAGUGGAGAAGAAUGUAUGCACGGAAACUGUACAUGUGCACAAGAUCUCCAAUUUUCCUGUAUGACGCUACCACCAUGUGACAGCAAUGUUACUAUUUCGUGUAAACAUAACGCAACGUGUGUAAUAAAGGAAAAUCAACCAUACUGUAUAUGUCCAUCUAAUGUAACAGACUGUACUUCAAAUCGAUGUGAUGAAAAGCCGUGUGCUAUUGGUGAAUGUAUACCUAGGGAAAACAAUGAUUAUGAUUGCAAAUGUCCGAACGGAGGUGUGGGUAAAGAUUGUAAACUGAACAUACACUGCACAGAGGGAUUUUGUACAAAUGGUGGAACCUGCUUCGAAUUUGAACAUGCUAAAUGUAGAUGUAUGCCAGGUUAUGAUGGCCCACGAUGUGAGAACAAUCACAUGUUAGGCGAAUGUGAUAAAUUCUCAACAAGAAAUAUAACCACUAAUCCCAUCACGAAUGAAACAGAAUGCAUAUGCCAGCCAAAUUUUAAAGGAAAGACAUGUGGUUUAUUGGACUGCACAAAACAGAAUGAAUGUGAAUACGGUUUGUGCUAUUCAGAUCCUUCGACAGCCCAAAAAUCAAAGUGUGUCUGUCCAUCAGGAAUGAGUGGUACCUACUGUAAUGUUGAUAUUGAUGAAUGUAAAGACACACCCUGUUCCAAUAAUGGUACAUGCAAAAAUAUACCAGGAUCUUUUGUAUGUCACUGUCCAGACAAUUCCACUGGAAAGAGUUGUGACAAUACUCUAAGUGAUUGUCUGUUUCCUAAUAAAUGUUUAGAGGUUGCACAAGAUGGAACAUGUGACGCUAACUGUAAUGAUUUAGUUUGUAAAUUUGAUGGCGGCGAUUGUAUCUUAAGCACAGAUCCCUGGGACAGUUGCAAAGAGGUAAAAGGGUACUGCAGGUCAUUGUCUGGCAAUGGACAAUGUGACCAGACGUGUAAUAAUGAAGAUUGUCUAUAUGACUUAUCAGACUGUAACAAAAUAACCAACACAACGUGUCCGGAUAAUUGCACUGAGGCAUGGGGCGACGAACAAUGUCAACCGCAAUGUAAUUCACGUGAAUGUGGUUAUGAUAGCUCCGAUUGUAUGAGGACUAAAACUUCAUCAAUAGGAACAAUAGUAGUGAAUUACAUUUCAAGAUCAGAUGAGGGAUACCGAUCAGUUGGACGUUUAUUAAGCAGCCACAGUGGAGCAUAUUUUACCUACAAAUCACAGACUACACCCAGUCUUUUGAUAAUAACAGAACAACAAAAGCCUAUGUCUACAACUAGAAUAGAAUCAAAGUAUACAGCGUUUUAUGACGUAAGUAAUUCCGUGAAUUGCACAACAUCUGUUGGUUGUUGGAAUAACACUGAAUCAUUGUCCAGAUUUUCUGCAGUGAUCUAUAUGAAAAAUGAAAUGCUCUUUCACCAUAAUAUGAUGCCACUUACGAUACAAAAUAUAAGAGCAUGUUUGGUUGGUUAUUAUGGUGAAUAUUGUGACCAUCCUUGUCCUACACACUGUAACAAUACUUCAGAGUGUAAUCUUGCUACGGGAGCAUGUCUUACCGGAUGUAUUAGAGGCUUCUGGGGAACAAAGUGUACAAAGCAGUGUAGUGAGCACUGCGAGAAAGGAGGAUGCAAUGAUUUAGAUGGGAACUGUACAGAUAGUGCCUGUAAAAUAGGAUACGAAGGAGCACAAUGUGAUCAGAAAUGCCCGGUCGGAACGUAUGGAAUGAACUGUGUACAGAAUUGUAGUGUAAACUGUGAGACUGAUACAUGUGACAACGAGAACGGGUCAUGUACCUGCAUGGCAGGAUAUAAAGGGGAAAAUUGCACAACAGGAUGUGAAAGCAGAAAAUAUGGAAGAAACUGUAUGUUAGACUGUGGGAUGUGUUUAAAUAAAGAAGCUUGUGAUGAAAUGAGUGGAAAAUGUCAAUCUGGCUGUGAAGCAGGAUAUAGUGGCGAAAUGUGCAAUCAUUGUGAACAAGGAAAAUAUGGCAAAGACUGUAAACUUUCAUGCUCUAAUUGUGAAAAGGAAUUGUGUAAUUCUGACACUGGGGCAUGCACUCACGGAUGUAAACCGGCGUAUACUGGAAACGAUUGUAAAACAGUUUUAAACUCUCGACAGAAGCAGGAAAAUGCCAACAGCUCAACCAUCAUAGCAGUGAUAAUUGUACUUGUUAUACUUAUAGUUGUCGGACUAGCAGUGGCAUGCAUAUUAUGGAGAAGGAAUCAGGAAGGUUCUUAUGUUAUGGACGAAAAAUUAGACCAGAAAAACAUAUCUGCAUUAGAACUACAGGCGGUUCAUGCAGAUACAGAAGAGGAACCUUUAGUUGUUGUCACACCUAUUGAUAAAACCUUCCCGGACGCAAAACUUGUCAUAGAAAGUGAAGGUGGUAACCAAGAAGAAGAUGACAAACCGCAGAGUGAUACAACAAGGUCAAGUAAGGCUAGUGACUUCCGGCCAGAGAGUAUUCAUGGCAAUGGCCCAGGAGGUGUUUAUGUCGGCACAGCUGAAAACGGUGUUGUUCAAGUUGAAACUAACAACAGUUCGGAGACACAGGCAUGUGAGAUGAGCGAAGACAGUCCCGAAAAAGAUAGACAGCAAUCUGCACCAAUGAGCUUUCAGGAAACUAGUAAGGAAGAUUCCGAGCAGUCUGAUGAACAAAGUGCUCAAGCUUCUGCAGCAAAUGACAAACAACUGUCUUUAGAUGACCAGAAUGAAAAUUCUUCAAAAGCAAGUGAAAAAGGCCAGGAUUCAAAUGAAGAAAAAGAAACAAUCGAAAAUCAAGAAGAACAUGUAACCACUGUAGACAAUAAUGGUGUAGUAAACACCAAUCAGUUGUAAUAUUGUUGAUAUUUUCUUCUUUAAACAAAUCAAAGAUAAAAGUUUGUACAUAC